AUGAACACAAUUGGGCGUAUUUUGAUUGGUUUAAUAUCCGAUCGUAAGCUGCCAUGCAGGUAUGGCAAAAAUACAGCGAAGAACCGUUUAUGGAUUUAUGUAUCGUCUCUGAGUUUAUGCGGCGUGCUUACUGCCUGCGUAUUCCUUUGUGAAGGUUUCAUUACACUUGCGAUGUAUUCUGGCUUAUUUGGAUUAACGUUAUCCUCAUACGUGUGCCUGACAUCAGUAUUGCUUGUCGACUUGAUAGGCAUUGAGAAGCUGACCAAUGCGUUCGGCUUGAUCUUACUAUUUCAGGGUAUUGGUACCGUCAUUGGUCCGCCUAUAUCU